UCCUGGGAGGUCCCACCAGCACUCCCUCUGCCUGCAGUUCUGCUUCAUGCUGCCUUUUGUGCGGCUUAGUAGAGAAAUUCUGUCCCUGGGGUAGUAGGUCUGGGGCCUUUCAGCUCUCUCUAAACCAAGUACAGAAGAGAGAGGGGCCCUUGUGUUUCCUACCUGUGUGGCAGCGCUGCUGCCCUUUCGGACAGUGACAGCCCCGUCCGAGCACAGUGGUGUAUUUUUCAUGAGGCUGGGCUGACCUGCUGGAUUAAGCCAAGUUCCAGGCUGGCCUUGAAGAUAGGUGCUUAUUUUAAAUUUGGGACCAAAGGUGGCCUUUGUUCUUUCACGCUUUUGUUAGGAUGCUGUUUUAUCUUAGUUUUGAGAAAGGUUUCAAGUUUUUCAAGAGGUUUCUUGAAAAAGUGGCUUCCAUUUUUAAAAAGUAAUUUUAAAACUGUGGGAACAGAUCUGUACCAACAUGUUAAUCUGGGGCUUUGUAUGGCUGGCUACUGGCAAGGAGGCAAAAUCCCCAGGCUUUAGAAUUGAUGGUGAAAAGAUUUUCUCUUUCAACAAGUACUGGACAUGUACAAAAUGCAGACCUUAUGAAGAUGGGAAUAACAGUGCUUGCUUAGCAGGGGAUAGAGAGUUUAUGUGAGAAGUAAGAUGUACAAUGAAAAGUCACGAAACAAGAAAUCUUUGUAAUGAUAGAAGGCGGAAGAGGCCAACGGAUUAACAUGUAUUGCGGACCUGUUGAGUUCUGGCCCCGUGCCGUGCUCUAUGUGCAUUGCUGAGUUCAGUAGGGUGGUAGAGGUAUGUCUGGGCACCCAUGAAGAGUGUCCUGGAGUGUUGUAGGUUGCUUGACCCACGUCCAUGGGCAGAAUUGGUGGGAGGGGCAGCACUCAAGCUGAGCCUGGGAGCCUCAUUAAUUUUGAUGAAAAGGAAAGGAUGUACUUUCUAGGCACAGAGAGGACCCUGAGAAAGGUUUUCCUCACGAGGCCACAUGGUGGCUGGGGCAUUUGAGCUUUACUCUCGAGGUAGGGAGGAAGGUUUCUUAGCAAGGCAGUGACGUGAUGAAGUUGGAGUUUCAAGGUGAUUUAUUGGGUAUGAGUGAGUAGGCUAUGUGGGAAGAAGGGAGGCUAAAAGCAGGGAAACCAGAAUUUCUGUCUGGAAACAGGGACACCUCCCAGUGUUGUUGGCUGUUGUUACCCUUGUGGAAAUUGCCAAUAGAAGGAUCAGGGCUGGAUCUCUUCAGUCCCAGGGUGGGCUAGAACCCCUGUUCCACCAUGCGCUAGCUGUGAGCUGUGAGCCUGGUGCCUGUCUUCCUUCUCUGUAAAAUGGAACAGUAAAAAAAUGUCUACCUCAUAAAAUGGUUUUGGGUAUAAAAUGAAAUAACAAAAUAAAGUGCUUGGUACAAAGUAACUGUGCUUAAUAAAUAUUAGUUAUUAAUAAUAUUGCUAGGUAAAGGUCAUUUCUUGUGAGAUAACAUGGGCCCACAUCUCAUGGACUGCCUAGUACCCCGAGGAUCUUCCUGGUGAUUUACAUCAUGGAGAUCUGUGCUGCUUGCUCUGUGGAAGUAGUCCAGGGUCAAACAAACAAAAAGCAGUAUGGACUGAUAAAUAUUCAGGCUGAAAUGGCCUUGCAGUGGACUGUGGACAACAUUUGUUACAAGUAUGUGACGUGCUGGUGACCAUGUCCGUCUUGGUUUCCACUCCCAUGUUGGCAUCAGCAGGACAAGAACAGAGCAGGACGGUGAGGCUUGAGGUCCCGCUGCGACCUCGGACCGUAUUUCCUCCUGCCAGAGGCAUCUGCCAAACUGUUAAGGGCGUGGACAUUGUUUAGUUUCAGAGAUGGAUUUGUCAUCACAUUUGCAAAGAUCCACACAGCGUAGGGAAGUUGUGGUCUCAGGAAAGAUGUAAACAACUGUUUUUCUAAUCCCUGAGAACCUGGAUUCUUGCUUUCAGAAGACACAGAAGAAAUUCCAAUCAGUUUUUUUAUGGGAAAGAGUCAUGAAAAUAUAAAAUAAGAUAAUACAUUCUUGGCUUAAUAUGUCCUUUUUGAGAAAACUACUCCAUUGAGGCUGUUCCCUAUUUAAAUUUAUCUUGCCUGAGAUUAUCAUAGGAUUUUUAUUAGUGUGCUGAGCCAACCACUUACCUGAGCCGAAGAUGCCUAUAAAUUUGCAAUUGAAAAAUUUCUGAGAUUAAGCCUACUAAUGUGCUGCUUAAUGUUUCUUAUUCUUCACAUUUUCUAAAUAUAUGUAUUUUUUAAAUUGAACUUCAUAAAUUUUAAUUUCUAAUCAAUAUUUUUAUUACAGGUGUUCAAAUAAUAAAGCGCAUUUGAAUGCAGACUCGAGCAACUCCAAAUUUUGCAAAUCACUUUUAAGAACAUUUACAAAGGUGACCUGUUUAUUCUCUGCAUCAGAAUUAAUUACCCAGAUUUGAACAUGGAAUUCAAUCCUUCAGAUCAUCCUCGGGCCAGCACAAUAUUCCUCAGUAAAUCUCAGACAGACGUGAGAGAAAAACGCAAGAGUCUCUUCAUUAACCAUCAUCCUCCAGGACAAAUAGCAAGGAAAUACAGCUCCUGCUCUACCAUUUUCCUAGAUGAUAGCACAGUCAGUCAACCAAACCUCAAGUAUACAAUUAAAUGUGUCGCUCUUGCAAUAUAUUAUCACAUCAAAAACAGGGAUCCAGAUGGAAGGAUGCUCUUAGAUAUUUUUGAUGAAAACCUUCACCCUCUUUCGAAAUCCGAAGUGCCACCAGACUAUGACAAACACAACCCAGAGCAGAAGCAGAUUUACCGGUUCGUUCGGACGCUGUUCAGUGCUGCUCAGCUGACAGCUGAAUGUGCCAUUGUCACCCUGGUGUACCUUGAAAGACUCUUAACAUACGCAGAGAUAGAUAUCUGUCCGGCCAACUGGAAGCGGAUUGUUCUGGGGGCAAUCCUGCUGGCCUCCAAGGUGUGGGAUGACCAGGCUGUAUGGAAUGUGGAUUACUGCCAGAUCCUGAAAGACAUCACGGUGGAGGACAUGAACGAGCUAGAGCGACAGUUUCUUGAAUUGCUGCAGUUCAACAUCAAUGUUCCUUCCAGUGUCUAUGCCAAGUAUUAUUUUGAUCUUCGUUCUCUGGCAGAAGCAAACAACCUGAGCUUUCCCUUGGAGCCCCUGAGCAGGGAGAGGGCUCACAAGCUUGAGGCCAUCUCGCGCCUCUGCGAGGACAAGUACAAGGACCUGAGAAGAUCCGCGAGGAAGCGCUCAGCCAGUGCGGACAACCUGACUCUGCCCCGGUGGUGCCCGGCCAUCAUCUCCUAACCGCGGAGGCCCGCCGGAGGCCGCACCAUCCCUUAGUUUCUCCUUUAGUUUGAGAAAAGACAGACUUGGGGUGGGUUUGGUUUUUUUUCUUUCCUUUUUUACCGCAUAGCUCCGUCGGCUGCCUGGAUGAGCGCCCGCGCAGCGAGGCUUGGAGGACGUGUCCGUGCCCUGGAGAUCCCCGCUCGCCUCCCCGCUGUCAGCAGCGGCGCUCCCCUCGUGGAGGAAGCGGACUGGAAUCCUGGAGGAGGGAAUGAAGGGAACGGGAAGGCGCGGAGAGGCAGGAAGAUGGUUAAGCGGCCCGGCCCUCUGGCGUCCCCGUGGGGGCGGUGGCUGCGGAGCCGGCUGCACCCGGGGCUGGGCCAGCGUGUCCUGUAAGACUUCUUGCAUUCCUGCUGCUGCUUUUUUGCGAUGGGGGAUUUUUGUUCACUUGUUUUUGCCCUGUUUUGGUUUUGGUCCCACAGAGCAGGGGAUGUAGUUUGUACCCACCAUGGCGCAGACUUCCAAAUAAAUAGUACUGGUCAUUUCUCUCCGCACUAUUUCUGCGCGCUGUCUUCUGAGCUUUCUUCCUCACCAGUGGGCUGUGCUCGUUCCAUUUCUGUACACCCUUAUUUUAUACCGUUUUUCUUCAACAAUGGCGAAAGUAACUUGACUGUAGUGCUGAACCAAAAGGACCCCUUUCCCUCCUUACUACUCACCCCAAGAACAUUCUAGAUCACAUGGGUGCUUGUGCCUUCCGAUUUUCUUGCAUUUGUUUUUUUCCUGGCCUGAAGUUGUCAUUACAAAAUCAGUCAGACUUUGUGGGCUGAAGGACGCUGUGCAGCGGAGGGUGUCCCCGGAGCCUUCUCCAGAGUGCUGGGCGUGGCCUGAAGCCGAGUGGGAGCCAUUUCUUUGUACCCCUGCCUGAUUCAUUCCUCUCCUUACGAGUCCAUUGUUGCAAGCAAUAUUCUUCUCAAUUUUUAUAUGUUUACUUUAAAUCGAAGUUAGUCUAUUUGUAUAAAAUUUUUUAAAAAUCUAAAAUAAAAAAAAAAAAAAAACAAGGAUGGGUUGGGUAUUCCAGUGGGAAGAUCAUUGAAGGAAAAAUGUUAACUAUUUACUGAGGUAUUUUUCACAGAAUGAUUGAAUAAAAAAACAACUUGCAUUUUCAUUGUGGGUGCUUAGAGAAGUUCUACAAAAUUCAAACUGUGAAGGUUUAUGCUUCAUUAAUUAUGACCGUACUUUUUCAUUUUCUGAUGAUCCCUGAUUUCCUUACGGGCUCAGUAAGAAUCUUUUAUGUCAAGUAAAAUAAAAGAGGUAAUGAUGGAAUAUGAAAUAGCGAAUUUGAUCUGAAGUCUGAGAGUGUGCGUCACUUUCAUAUACGAUGCUUUGGGUUUUUGCAUAUUUUCUUAGGUCUCAGUGACAGGUUUCUGAGUUGUUUCCCUUUUCAAGUCUCUGGGAGGCCAGUGGCAGCAGCAGGUCUGUGUUUCACCUUCUUCCCUUGUGAGCUUGGAAAACUUUGGCAUCUUAAUUAGUCUUGAAUCAUACACCUGAUCCCCAGACAUUGCCUGCUCUCCAUGAAACACGAUUUGGAAAUGGAAGGGACUCAGAAAGUCAAAAUCCCAAAAACACCAAGCCAAAAGCGUCAGGUGUUGGUGAAAUUUGUGUCAGGUACAAGCAUACCUGUUUGGGCCAGAAUUAUCACAGACUUUCUGACCCAAACUUUCAAAAGCAAGCCAACAGAAGGUAAAAUGUUAAUUAUCUUUCCAUUGUAAUUGUGAUGAUCUACUCUGUAUGGGUACCAAAAUCAGCUUCUCUCUUCAAGUCAGAGUUGAAUUUAGAACUUUAAAUAGAGGUCUAAAAAUGUAGAAAAUAUCGUUUUAUAUUCCCUAAUCUAUAUAGCUGAAAAAGGGAUGUAUUUUCUUAGCUGAAUAUGAAUACCUCUUAAAUUAGUUCCUCUCAAGUGAAGUAUCUUAUUUUACCGAUCCAUUUCAGGAAAGAGGUUCUGCUGCCUUAAUAGCAGAAAUUUUAUUUUUAUCCCUUUUAUUUGAAUGAGAGAUUUGAAAAUCAAAUUAUGUAAAUAUUUCAGUGCAUCUGCUAUUAUUUUGUGGAGUUUAUUAAACUACUUUAAAAAAUUGUAUAGUCUAUUUAUUGUAUGUAUGUACAUACAGUCUGAUACCUAAAAUUUAAAGUGGAUUCCAUAAAACCUGACUCAGUCUUGUUUAGACUACUGAAUACUGUUUUAGCCUCUGCCCUGGACUCUACCUCUGUAUAGGAAAAGUUUCCAUAUUCAUUAAUUAGUAUUGAUCUGUAUGAAUUGGUUAUGUUUCUUGCACUAGGGAUGUUUAAAACUCUGCUGUAAGUGUAGAUUUUAGUUUUACUGGCAGGAUGAAUCACUUGACACAUAGGUAGAUACUUGAGGUUCAUUUUCUUUUCUUUUUCUACAUGAUGAUGAAUAGUUAUGUUUUCUUCUCUGAUUUGUGCAAAGUUUGCCAAAAGAAAACACACAACCAGUACAGUACCUAUUGAUAAAUCAUAGUGACUGUAAUUUGUUUGUAAGGCGAAUUAAUGCUCUACCAUUAAAGCUGGAUUACUAUUGAGGAA